AUGCGGCCUAGUACACUCGUUCUCCCCUUGACAGUCUUGGCAGGAUCUGUCACCUCAAGACUUACAGCAUCUCAAGGCCGCAGGCUGCACGGUCGCGAGGCUCCCCAAGACAUAUGCCCUAACAAGGAUUCGGGCGCGUACCGCAGCGUCGCCUAUGUGACCAACUGGAGCAUAUACGGCGCAAAGUUUCUGCCAGAGCAGAUCGCAGUGGACAGCAUUUCGCAUGUUCAGUAUGCGUUUGCAGACAUUCUUAGCAAUGGCACCGUCGUCUCGUCCGACCCAUGGGCAGACACCCAGAAGCAGUUUGGCAACGGCACCCAAGGAGGAGGAGGAGGAGGCAACUCGAGUGACGCGCACGGGCUAGUCGAGCAGCUGUACAAGAUCAAGCAGGCGAACCGCAAGGUCAAGACGCUGCUCUCGAUCGGCGGCUACACGUGGUCUCCCAAGUUCGUGCCCGUGGCGGCGGACCCGGCCAAGCGGGCGGUCUUUGUGUCGUCGGCCGUGACGCUCAUGGGAGACUGGGGCAUGGACGGCCUCGACGUGGACUGGGAGUACCCGGACACGAACGAGACCAACAAGAACUGCGUGCUCCUCCUGCAGGAGCUGCGAAGGGGUCUCGACGACUACUCGCAGCAGCACACGGGCGGCCAGUACAAGUUCUCCCUGAGCAUGCCGGCGCCGGCGGGGCCGACGCACUACGCGGCGUUUGACUUCAAGGCCAUGGACGCCAACCUGGACUUUUGGUCCAUCAUGGCGUUUGACUUUGCCGGGUCGUGGGACAACACGACGGGCCACCAGACCAACGUGUUUCCGGGCCCUUUCCCCACCACCAAGGCGAGCAUCGACGUGGCCGUGUCCGCCUACGUCAAAGGCGGCGUGUCGCCGGGUAAGAUCAACCUUGGUCUGCCGCUGUACGGGCGGUCGUUUGACAAGACGACGGGGCUGGGCAGGGCGUACACGGCCUCGACGACGGGCAGCCUCGAGGGCCAGGCCGGGGUGUGGACCUACAAGGACCUGCCGCGGGCCGGGGCCACGGUGCUCUACGACGACGUGGCCAAGGCGUCGUACAGCAUGGACAACGCGACGGGGCAGCUGAUAUCGUACGACGACCUCAGGUCGGUGCGGUUCAAGUCGGGCUACAUCAAGGAGAACCAGAUCGGGGGCGUCAUGUUUUGGGAGUCCUCGCAGGACAAGCCCGGGAAUAACAGCAUCGUGAGGAACAUGGCCAAGUUCCUGGGCAAGCUGGAGAGCGCGCAGAACUGGCUCUCUUACCCUGGGUCGCAGUAUGCCAAUAUUAAGAACAAUAUGGGCAGAGCUGUUUAA